CAACAACUCCGCCAUCGGCGAAGCAUCAGCGAUAUUGCACUCGACUUUGUGCAUCACCAGAGGAGAGACGGCCUCAAGAAUGUGGAUUUGCGAGGUCUAGUCAGAGUGUGUGGGAAGAGUACGCUCUACUUGCCGACCGAAUAUGCCCCUGGCUCCCUAGUGUUGCCAACAUGCUUCCGCGCAACUGCACAAUAUCUUGUUCAACGUGCUGAAGCAAGAGGCAUAUUUCGCGUGCCGGGAUCAGUACGAGUUGUGAACGCUCUCUAUGAGUAUUACUGUGCCGACCUGAACAACGACGAGAUUGCCACCACAACGAGGAACCCCAAUCUUCCCUCGCAUCUCAACUGCGGCGUGCAUGAUGUUGCUUCUACUUUUAAGCGUCUGCUGGCUGGCUUGCCUGGAGGCAUUCUCGGGUCUCUUGCCCUCUUCGAUGCCCUUGUCGCCAUCCAUAGUCAACUUGAUACUGACCCCGAGGUUACGAAAACCAGAGAAACCAAGCUGCGAGCAAGACUUAUUGCUCUAGCCAUCGGUACGGUUGAGUUGCAGCAUCAACGAGAGCUAAUAUGUGCCGUGUUUGGCUUGUUGUGUUUCAUCGGAAGAGUAGCAGAGAACGCGCCGAGGGAAGACGAUACGGGUAGACCAUUACCAACAGCAGACUUGAUGGGCUAUAGUUCUUUAGGCAUCAUCUUUGGGCCUCUUCUCGUCGGCGACUUGAUUAACACCUACAAGAUGAAGAUCGCAAACCCCACCGCUGGUCUCGUUUUAUUACCAGUAACACCACCCAGGUCAAAGAAGCAAAAGAAGUCCAGAACACCUAGGCUGGAAGCACCAGCUUUGAUCACGGUUGACAAAAUACACGUGGCAAAUAAUAUUACGGAGAUGCUUAUCACUCAUUGGAGAGAAGUAGUCCGACAGUUGCGAAGUUUGAAUGCGCUCAGAACACAAAGAGAUGUCAUGUACUCCGGACAAAAAAACCGAAGGGGAGAACUGCGGUCCUCGGCGUCAGACUCUUUCUCCAUGAGAAAGCCUCCAGAUUGGAGCGCCCCCAGGCCCUCGACCCGACGCAAAGAGGGAAGUAGUUCGCCCAUUGCAGUUAGCCCUACGCCCUCGCCAAGUAAGUUUUAG